CUGCCGGCCACGGGAACAGCCUCACUCCUUGCCCGCGCCCAGGCAGGGGAGGUGGGAACGCCGCGAGUCGUGGCGGGGGCGAUCGGUGCCUUUGCUUCCCGGGCGGGUUCGCCGCUCCACACCGCAGCUUCCUGAGCUCGGGAAGGUGAGGUGCGGCGGAGGCGUGGGGUCUUCCCGGCUCUGGCCGGCCCCACCAGUGUGGGAGGCUGAGCGCCAGCGGCAGGGAAGGCUCCAGGUUCGCCUCCCGCGCUGCCCCCGAUGCCCAGCCUCUCCCGGAGCGGUGACAGUACGGAUUUGUGAAUCACGCCCUGGAGCUGCUGGUGAUCCGCAAUUACGGCCCCGAGGUGUGGGAAGACAUCAAAAAAGAGGCACAGUUAGAUGAAGAAGGACAGUUUCUUGUCAGAAUAAUAUAUGAUGACUCCAAAACUUAUGAUUUGGUUGCUGCUGCAAGCAAAGUCCUCAAUCUCAAUGCUGGAGAAAUCCUCCAAAUGUUUGGGAAGAUGUUUUUCGUCUUUUGCCAAGAAUCUGGUUAUGAUACAAUCUUGCGUGUCCUGGGCUCUAAUGUCAGAGAAUUUCUACAGAACCUUGAUGCUCUGCACGACCACCUUGCUACCAUCUACCCAGGAAUGCGUGCACCUUCCUUUAGGUGCACUGAUGCAGAAAAGGGCAAAGGACUUAUUUUGCACUACUACUCAGAGAGAGAAGGACUUCAGGAUAUUGUCAUUGGAAUCAUCAAAACAGUGGCUCAACAAAUCCAUGGCACUGAAAUAGACAUGAAGGUUAUUCAGCAAAGAAAUGAAGAAUGUGAUCAUACUCAAUUUUUAAUUGAAGAAAAAGAGUCAAAAGAAGAGGAUUUUUAUGAAGAUCUUGACAGAUUUGAAGAAAAUGGUACCCAGGAAUCACGCAUCAGUCCAUAUACAUUCUGCAAAGCUUUUCCUUUUCAUAUAAUAUUUGACCGGGAUCUAGUGGUCACUCAGUGUGGCAAUGCUAUAUACAGAGUUCUCCCCCAGCUCCAGCCUGGGAAUUGCAGCCUUCUGUCUGUCUUCUCGUUGGUUCGUCCUCAUAUUGAUAUUAGUUUCCAUGGGAUCCUUUCGCACAUCAAUACCGUUUUUGUAUUGAGAAGCAAGGAAGGAUUGUUGGAUGUGGAGAAAUUAGAAUGUGAGGAUGAACUGACUGGGACUGAGAUCAGCUGCUUACGUCUCAAGGGUCAAAUGAUCUACUUACCUGAAGCAGAUAGCAUACUUUUUCUGUGUUCACCAAGUGUCAUGAACCUGGACGAUUUGACAAGGAGAGGGCUGUAUCUAAGUGACAUCCCUCUGCAUGAUGCCACGCGUGAUCUCGUUCUUUUGGGAGAACAAUUUAGAGAGGAAUACAAACUCACCCAAGAACUGGAAAUCCUCACUGACAGGCUACAGCUCACGUUAAGAGCCCUGGAAGAUGAAAAGAAAAAGACAGACACAGGAUGUCCUGCUAGAAUCCAGGCCUUUAAAGUACAAACGACAUUGAUGCUGUGUGAAAAGGACAGCAGAAGCACCAAAGGCUUUCCCAGCAUUUCUUACAGUGGCUUUCUCCUGAUCCCACUGAACAGAUUGCUGUAUUCUGUCCUUCCUCCGUCUGUUGCCAAUGAGCUGCGGCACAAGCGUCCAGUGCCUGCCAAAAGAUAUGACAAUGUGACUAUCCUCUUCAGUGGCAUUGUGGGCUUCAAUGCUUUCUGUAGCAAGCAUGCAUCUGGAGAAGGGGCCAUGAAGAUCGUAAACCUUCUCAACGACCUCUACACCAGAUUUGACACACUGACUGAUUCCCGGAAAAACCCAUUUGUUUAUAAGGUGGAGACUGUUGGUGACAAGUAUAUGACAGUGAGUGGUUUACCAGAGCCAUGCAUUCACCAUGCACGAUCCAUCUGCCACCUGGCCUUGGACAUGAUGGAAAUUGCUGGCCAGGUUCAAGUAGAUGGUGAAUCUGUUCAGAUAACAAUAGGGAUACACACUGGAGAGGUAGUUACAGGUGUCAUAGGACAGCGGAUGCCUCGAUACUGUCUUUUUGGAAAUACUGUCAACCUCACAAGCCGAACAGAAACCACAGGAGAAAAGGGAAAAAUAAAUGUGUCUGAAUAUACAUACAGAUGUCUUAUGUCUCCAGAAAAUUCAGAUCCACAAUUCCACUUGGAGCACAGAGGCCCAGUGUCCAUGAAGGGCAAAAAAGAACCAAUGCAAGUUUGGUUUCUAUCCAGAAAAAAUACAGGAACAGAGGAAACAAAGCAGGAUGAUGACUGAAUCUUGGAUUACGGGGUGAAGAGGAGUACAGACUAGGUUCCAGUUUUCUCCUAACACAUGCCAAGGCCAGGAGCAGUUCUUCCCUAUGGAUACAGAUUUUCUUUUGUCCUUGUCCAUUACCCCAAGCCUUUCUUCUAUACAUAUCUCUCACUAUCUGUUAUUCAACUUUAGCUCUGCUUUUUAUUAUUUUUUAGGCUUUAGUAUAUUAUCUAAGGUUUGGCUUUUGAUGUGGAUGAUGUGAGCUUCAUGUGUCUUAAAAUCUACUACAAGCAUUACCUAACAUGGUGAUCUGCAAGUAGUGGGCACCCAAUAAAUAUUUGUUGAAUUUAGUUAAAUGAAACUGAACAGUAUUUGGCCAUGUAUAUAUUUGUAUCAUGGUUUACCAAAUCUGUUUAGUGCUCCAUAUAAAUGUAUAUGUAUAUUUUAAUGACUAUAACAUGUAAUAAAGUUUAUAUCAUGUUGGUGUAUAUCAUUAUAGAAAUCAUUUUCUAAAGGAGUGAAUUCUAAGUUUUAGGGGAAAAAUGCAAUUUAUUUUCAGACUCCCAAAGUAAGAAUUAAUAUAUCAUGCUAAGAAAAUAGUGACUAUUUUGAAGUAUGCUACUUCCCUUUCAGAAAUAUAGAAUACACAUUUCUGUUAUUAAAGUAUUUGAUUACUAAUUCAAAUCAUGUGGCAAUUAUAAUUCUUCUAAAAUGCUAUCAUUUGUAACUGUAUCCCCUGUAUUAAAUCUCAUUAACCACAGGCAGCUGUUACAGAAAGCUGCAUUGUUUCACACUGAGCUGUUACAUUAGUUCAGGCUAAAUGUUGGGAGCUCCAACCACAUCCAAGAAUAAAUCUGGAAACACACUGCUGGGAUACUGCUGUUAGAGCCCUUCUUGGCCUCGUAUUCCCAGAAAUGAGGUCCCUUUCCUUAGCUUAGAAGAAUGUGAUUAUAUCCAGGACAUCAUGUUCAGAAAACUUAGUUUAAUUUCAGCAUAGAAUGCAUUACUGUUGGAAUAAUUGGCCUCUAGCUCUUAAAUGUCUCUGAUAACUUAUUAAUAUCUAUCUUUAUAAAAGAGUGCAACUACUUUUGUGUAAAAAUGUUUGCCUUUAAAUUUAGUAUUUCAUAUCAGCACAUUGAUAUAUGUAUAAAUGUUCCAUGUUAAUGUGUAAAAGAAUCUGUAAUAAAUUAUUUUUUUCACU